CACAAGAACAUAUAAGUGUGUGAGCAAGGUUCCCCAUGGCCAUGCACACAGAUAGACAGAGGAAGCCUUUCUGUGACUGUCGCUGGCACUGUUACCGUUACUGUCGCUAAAAUGAAGGUCAAGUGCACCCUGGCCCCUCUCUCCCUGCUCACCAUGCUCUCCGUCUAUAUGGCUGCUGCACACAGGACGCCUCGGCUGCCCAUGAGAGGAGGCUGUUACCAGGUGUCACCAGACGUCCCCGAGUUCUCUCUGCAGGGCGAGGCCGUGGUCCUCCGGUGCAGCUUCCUGGAGAGAUACCUGCACAGACAGGGCCUCUCCCAGGCCAAGGGUUACACCUUUAGUUUCCAUAGCAGUGACCUCAGCAGUGAGGGGGCGCCUGUCCUCUCCGACGACAGGGGGCGCGUGAGAGAGCAAGGGCAUCGCCUGUGGCUCCUGCCUGCCAUGACCAGAGACUCUGGAAAUUACUCUUGUGUCUUCAGAAAUGCUUCCUACUGUUUUGCUGGGACCAUCUCUUUACGCGUGUAUGAGACGAAACACUCCCACCUGGACAUAAUUUCAUACCCAAUGAGUGCAACCCCAGGCCAGGAAGGAAUGAUCAGAUGUCCACAACUGACGGAAUUCAAGAACAGAGGGAAGCUGCAGUGGUAUAAGGAGUCCACCCCCAUAGUCUUCUCUGCAAACAGAACGCGCUAUCGCAGAGACACGGAGAUCUCGUUUACCAUUCGGAACGUGAUCCCUGCGGAUGAGGGAUACUACACAUGCCAGGUGGAAGUGUUCCUCAACAACACUCAGUACACUGUCACCAGGAUCAUCAAACUGCACGUGGCAGCGAUUGGACCCGAUGAUGUAUUGCCCACCACCAGACCCAGCCAGAGCACUGCGGGAAGGAAGGCCCUUCGACCCAAGAUUCUUGAUCCUGUGAAUGGAACCUUCUUCCACAGCUCUUUUGGUUCUAGUCUGGACAUACUGUGCAGGGUGUUGAUAUGGAACCAAUCAGCAGACUCCACAGAGGUCACAUGGAUGGUGAACGGCCUGCCAGUGGAGGAGUCCUUCCUGGGUGGUCGCGCUUUGCUGGGGGAGAAGAAGGUCACCGUUUUGAAUGGGAGAAACCACAUUGAACUGAGGCUCACUUUCCUGGAACUCCAUGAGGAAGACAGUAGGGCAGAGAUAAAGUGUGUGGCUCAGAACCUUGGAGGAAGAGAAGAGGUUGUGGCUCAGGUCAGACUGGAAGACUUCGUGUCCACGUGGUUGGUGGUGGCUACAAUCGGGACUAUAUGCUUCCUCACCAUGGUCUGUGUAUUCCUCUACCAGCUCCUGAAACCAAGACAGAACAAAGACUACAUCCUGACAAGGCAAAAUAGCACAUUUUAAACCCAGUCCCACAAUGUGAUUUUGUUACUGAUAUAAUUGUUGAUAUUCAAAAUUUUUCUUAGCGUUCUAAGGGACAGAGAAAUGAGAUAAUGAGACAGACAUCCUGUGGAGUAAUUACAAUCAUCUUUAGAAUCAGUCAUUUUUGCAUUCUGUCUCAAAAUGAUGAACUUUGACCCCAAGAUAACCUAAAGACUCAGAGCAUAGCUGGUGUCCCUCUGUGCCUGUGAAGUGGACAGCCUAUGACUCUCCCUGUCUAACAAUACUCCAUCAGACAUCCAAAUUGCAUGUCACCCAGUGCUCCUGCCCUGACUGAAUCACUCCUCUCACGCAGGACAAUAUAAGGCUGCUCCAACACUGAAAUACUGCCCCAGCAUUCAAGUAGCAUUUUCAUAGCAUUUCCAUUGUAAUGCAGAUAUGCCAACAUAUUACUCAAAUGUUACUCUUGUGAGAAGUUUAUGUGUGGCUGGGAUAUUCUUAAAUCUACCAUACUAUAUUACUUUCCUUGUUUUUUUUUUCCAUUUGAGUUUUAAAAUAGUCAUUUGGUAAUAAGGUAAUUAUUAUUUGAUUGUUUA